AUGGCGGCAAUUGACUCCCCAGUCACGAACGGGCACAAGUCCGACAAGAAGAGCAAAAAGGACAAGAAGGAGAAGAAGCGCUCGCGCGAGGAGGAUGCUGUCGAGGGCGAGGAGCGCAAGCACAAGCGCUCCAAGAGCGUGGUGCCAAAGGACGACGACAACAACAGCGACGAUGAUACCCCGGCCGCCUCGCAGGACCUCUCCGUAGCCGCCUCCACGACCAACGGCGAGCCGUCAUCCGAGAAGAAGCGCAAACACAAGAAGGACAAGCACAGGAAGUCGACAGACGAGGCCGAAGCCGACGAGGACGCAUCCGACGCCGAGCGCAAGGAGAAGAAGGACAAGAAGAAGAAGCGCAAGUCACAAGGCCUCGAGGAGGUCUCAGCCGACACCCCCGCGAGCGAGAAGGAGAAGAAGAGCAAAAAGUCCAAGGCGGCCGCCGUCGCCGAGCCAGAAGAAGCCGACGCCGACGACGAGAACGCGAUGGACGUCGACGCCCCCGCGGAAACGAAACCGACAUCCCGAGCCCACCAGCCCCCCGACGCACCCUCCAAGCCGCAGUUCCCCUUCUACACCCAGACCGUCUCGCUAUACCUCCCCAUCUACCCCAUAGGCUGGGACACGCCCUGCACCGCCGCCGCGACGCAGCACCUCGAGCCCCUCGUGAACCGCUACGUCCCCGACUUCAAGGGCGUCCUCCUCGCCUUCCGCAACAUCGCCGUCUCGGAGCAGCCCGGCCGCCGCGGCGCCGCCACCUCGGACAGCCAGCGCUGCGACCUCGUCUCCGUCGACGAGUACGCCGUCGGCUUCGGCUACGUCACCGUCGACGUCGACCUCUUCGUCCCCCGCCGCGGCGCCUGGAUGGAGGGCGUCAUCAACCUCGAGAAUGAGGGCCACAUCGGCGUCGUGUGCUGGAGCAAGUUCAACGCCAGCAUCGAGUCCGCGCGCCUGCCGGCCGAGUGGCGCUGGGUGCACGCCGACUCCGCCGAGGCCGCGCAGUACGUCGCCGACCCCUUCGCCGCGGAGGAGGACGCCGCCGAGGCGCAGGCGGCCGAGGACGAGCACGGCGCCGUGCGCCAGAUCCACACCACGGGCUUCUGGGUCGACGGCGCCGGCGAGAAGGUCAAGGGCCGCGUCAGGUUCCGCAUCAAGGCCUUCGACGUCGGCGUCAGCGGCGACCACGGCUACCUCAGCCUCGAGGGCACGAUGCUCGACGCCGCGGGCGAGAUGGCGGCCGUGAAGCGCGACGCGGAGCAGGAGCGCCGGCGCAGGGUGGGCAAGAGCGGCGGCAUCCUGAGCAAGGAGCGCCGGCGCAUGCCCGAGUUCAGCGUCACCAAGUUUGGCGUGGUCGAGGACGAGGAGGAGAAGGCGCUGAAGCAGGACGUGUGGAAUACGACGACCCCCGUGACGGAUGACGAGGGCGCGGGCAAGGACAAGGAGGCGUUCGCUGGCAUUGCGGAGGAAUAG